AGUUUUUUUGGAAAUCAUAGGUUAGGGCACUUAUAAGCUAGAUAGCUUCAGCCUCGACCCUUUCGGUCAGCCACUUUCUUCUUUUGUUGAAUUCUGAUUGUUGUAUAUUUUGCUGAUCGAACUAAACUAAACUAAACUAAGGGGUUAAAUAGGGCCCCAUUUGUGAAUCCCACAGAACCAAACCCACCCCGGGAUGGGGUGUAGGAGUAAUCACACAAGGUGAUUCUCGCCAAACCGUCCCACCCCGUUGGGGAGGUAGGCGAUUCAUAAUCAGACUCCCCCGUCAACACUUCUCGGCUCGCGCGGCAGAGCGAUGCGGGCGCCGGCAUCGGAGCUCUGCCGUGAUGCGCGCAGACACAUCCGCGCACACGGAUGAGCACGCUCUCACUAGCACUAGCACCCCGUCCCCCCGUCCCCGUCAAUAACUCUCGCCGUGGGUCCCUUUCCUAUCUCAGUGGGGGCAUCGUUGAGGAGUUAAGCUUAGGGCACCAACAUGGCGAGCAGCGGCACUAGUCCCGCCCCCCUGAAGCUGUAAACCUCGGGGAAACACUGGACUCCAUACACUGACUUCCCCUGUGCUUCACCAACAGACACCACACCACAGAAAGCCUUUUGUGUCCUUUAGGUGUCACUGACUGAAUGAAUUCAUUCAUGAAAUUCGAACGUCAGUCUCCUGCAUUAAAACUGUGAUGAAAAAGCAAUGUGUAAUCUGCAUCUUAUGUAAGACCACAAGCUGCAACCAAAACACAGAAAUGACCUAGUUUGCCUUUAGUGUUGCUUCUAAUUAGUAUUUAUAAUAAUUUAAACAACAAUCUUUAUCUGCCUUCUCCAGAAUUCACAAAUGUGGUUUAUUUGUAUGAGACCAUAAGUGCCCCAGUGUUCUUUGCAUUGAAGCAUAUAACGGCGAGCUAACAUUGUAAUGCCACUGUAAUGUGGUUAUGCAUCCAAGAACAAGUUGUGGGUUCACCUACAGCAAGGCACAUUAAUCAGACUGUUUAUUAGCCUGAAAUAAAUGUUAUCAUCAAGGGAUCCCAGCCAAUAUCGUCGUUAUGCACAGAGAGUUUAUUUUGUAUUGUUCAUGAGGAAUAAUGGAAUCUGUCUUUUUCCAUUUUUCCUCAACACUUUCCCUUUUCUCUUUUCUCCCCUGCUUUUCACAUUCUUCAUGCCUACACACACUCAUUGUCUUGGCCAAAAGACGCCAUGCGGGCACUGAAGAAGAGACUUGGGGGCAACAAGAACUACAGAGAGGUGAUGCUGGCGCUAACGGUUUUGGAGACAUGUGUGAAAAACUGCGGUCACAGGUUUCAUAUCCAGGUGGCCAACCGAGAUUUUAUUGAUGGCGUGUUGGUCAAAAUCAUCUCCCCCAAAACCAAUCCUCCAACCAUCGUGCAAGACAAAGUGCUGGCGCUUAUACAGGCCUGGGCCGAUGCCUUCAGGAGUAGCCCCGAUCUAACUGGUGUGGUCCACAUUUAUGAGGAACUGAAGAGGAAAGGCAUUGAGUUCCCAAUGGCAGACCUGGAUGCACUGUCUCCCAUCCACACACCACAGAGGUACACAGCAGAGGUGGACCCAGCCAUGAUCAAGUACCUAGCCCUGACCUCACCCGCCGCCGGGCCCCCUAAUCCUGCCCCGCCCCCACCCAUGUGCCUGACCCCUGCAUCUACCACCGAGGCUGCCCACAUGCCCAGCCCCAUCACAGCGACCCCUGAACAGAUCGCCCGGCUGCGCAGUGAGCUGGACGUAGUGAGAGGAAACACCAAAGUCAUGUCAGAAAUGCUAACGGAGAUGGUCCCUGGGCAGGAAAAUGCCUCUGAUCUAGAACUGCUGCAGGAGCUGAACAGAACAUGCAGGGCGAUGCAGCAGAGGGUGGUCGAGCUGAUUUCACGGGUCUCUAACGAGGAAGUGACUGAGGAGCUGCUGCACGUCAACGACGACCUCAACAACAUUUUCCUCCGAUAUGAGAGGUAUGAGAGGUACAGGUCGGGUAGAGCCGCUCAGAACAACGGGAUGUUGAAUGAGGCCACAGAGGACAACCUGAUAGACCUUGGCCCAGGCUCCCCUGCCGUGGUCACGCCCAGGAUUAGCUCUGGCCCUUCACCCAAAUCAACCGCCGGGGCCACUGCCUCCCCGGCCCGUAUCCCCACGACAGCCUCUCUUUCGUCUGCACUCGCUCGUAUUGAUGUAGCUUCCGACAGCGUGAGCAGGACCCUGGCUUCUCUACCGGGCCGCAACCAGGAUGACUUUGACAUGUUUGCCCAGACCAGGACUACCUCUUUGGCCGAGCAGCGCAAAAAUGUAAAGUACGAGGACCCUCAGGCUCUGGGUAGCCUGGCCUCGGCUUUGGAUGUGAGACAACAGAACACAGGAGGGCUGAGUGUGAUAGGGGAUGAUAACCCAGCAGAUCAGGAGCUGCCCAUAGACAGCUGGCUUAUUACCCAAGGAAUGAUCCCCGUUUCGCAGUCCUGUGUCAUGGAUGACAUAGAGGUGUGGCUCUGUGCUGACGUGAAAGGAGAUGCUGCCGAAGAAGGCGUGACCAGUGAAGAGUUUGACAAGUUCCUGGAGGAGCGAGCAAAGGCUCCAGACUCUCUGCCGUCUCCCCCCGGAGCUAACCCUGCUAACCCCGCUCACCCCGCUCACCCCGCUCGUGCCCCCGGGGGCUCCACCAAGAAGGCUGAGCAGACGGAGGAUGCCCUCUUUGCCUUGUAGACUCUUCUCAGAGAACCGCGGCCGCUCUCCCGGGGCAUCUAAAGGUCCUCGCCCUCGAUGAUUCCUCCCCAACAGUCCGUCCCUCCAGUCCCGUUUCCUCGCUGACUGGCAGCGGUGCAGCAAGUGAUCUCCACCCGCUCGUCAUUCUCUUGCCAAAGUGUUGCUUUAACAUGCAAAGGUUCAACAUGUUUGCUGCGCUCGACCGCAUUGAGUUUUACUAGAUCUGAAGGUAUUAAUCUGCUCUUGUGGGACGUACUACUCGCAGCCCUGCAUCUCAUUUGUAACACGCCACCAAAGGACGACGAGCUAACUUGUCUGAUGUGGUUUUAAAAUGUGGUAUAUUACUGUGAGGUUGAUGGAAAGAAAUCCACUGCAUGUCCAUGCAUUGAGUCAUUAUGGAAGCAUAGAAUUAGGAUUGCAUUGUGUUUGACUACAUUCAGCUCAUUGCUAAUUCAUGCUUUUAUUUCAUUGGUUUGUUCUGUACCAUGUCCUCGUGCCGUGGUUAUGGUCCAUCCAGGCUUUGUUUUUCUUUCCACAAUAUACUGCAGUUAGAACUCGAGUCUUGCUUUUCAUACAGAGGUGUAUGUGGAAUAGCAACAAGUUGUAUUUCUCAAUUUGUCCAAAGCGGUGUGGACAAAAAGCUUGUGUUAGCAGGCUAAUUUAGCUAACUAGGCAUAUAAUGAGUGAAUCAUAGCUACUCUUGAUGAGUGCACGCCAGCCAGAAAAACAAAACUCUAAGAAUCACUUGUUAGUCUUUUAAAAUACAUAAAGAAUCCUAAGGGGAAGGAAUGUGCCCAUGGAAUAUUUCCCACCAGUCUUUUCAGUUCUCUGAAAAGCUGCAACAAAUUAGCUGCUCUUGAAUAAUUGCAAACACUUUAAGCCAUUCCAAAGAAAAUGUAGGCUUUAAUGACCAACUAGUAUUAUGUAUACCUGUUGAAUAGCAGUCGCCUGUGUUGUACACGUUAAAAGAUCAUGAACAUUUCCAUUCCCCUGAUAUAUUAAUAUCUGUGCACUUUGAAGCAACAGCAAGUAUGUAUUUUUUCCUUUGUUUACAAGAGUGUUACUAUUUUUCUAAGAGAUGGGAAAUGGUCUUUAGAGUGACUUUAUUUUGCACUUAACUUUUGUCAAUGUUAUUGCAGGGCUGGUUCACAAAUAAGUGGAUGGACAGUUCAACAUUGUGAUUGCAGAUCCUUUUAACAUACAGAAUAUAGCAUUUAAAGGAUCAACAUGAUGUAGUACUGGCACCGUAAUCAACUAACAGACGACAAGUAAAGCUUACAAUAAUGUAGGCUACUGUAUUAAAGGCAGUAUUGUAUAUUUAGAUAUUAAUUUACUCUAAACUAUGUAAUCCAUAUACCUCAAAAUACGGGAAUUCUAGUUUCUGUAUCUGUUUAAAGUUAUUAAGGCUUAUAGUAGUAUCCAGAGAGCAGAGAGGUUUAUGCAUCAUUUGAUUCCCGGAUUGUAUUUUCAUAGUCCAUGUAAGAAAAAGGAACCUGUGAUCAUUUAUCUUCUUUUUGUGGUUGAGGCUGAAACAUGCAGCAAACAAUCACAAUUGUACUUUCUUUAAAUUUGUGCAGUCAACGCCGUACUUUCAUUCUCCAUAUCUUAUCCUCCUGCUAUUCAUCCGCUCCUCUUGGAGCUGCUGCUACGCACUUCUGUGAUUGGCUGGUUUCAACAAAGUGGCUCAGACUGGAGUUUGUCUUUGAGGCAAAAGGCAAUCCUCCGCUGCUGCUCUUGCAUUUUUUUGUUGUCUCUAUUUUUUAAAACUUUGCGCUGCACUUGAAAGAUUGUUUUAGUCCAUUUAAGACCCAACGCCUUGUCAAUCAAGGCAUCCCAAGUCGUUAAAGCCUAAUUCAUGCAUCAACAUUACGUGUCGUCAGUAUAGGCCAGAGGGAAAUAUUCAUGAUUUGUUAACAUAAUUGUAACGGUGACAUUAAACAUUAUUUGUUCCUGUUAUCAUUGUGAUUAUAUAUUUUAAUGUAUUUUUUUGUUUCAUGAUUAACAAGCUUUAACUUUUGUUUGAUGCUGUUUGGUUUAUGGUUGCCAGGUAACUGAGAUAGCGUUAAAUUUACAAUCAACCAUUGUGUUCACUUUAUAGAAAUUUAAAAAAAUUACCAUGCAGGCUGAAAAAAAAGGAUUACUAAAAAUGUAGCGAGAGAUCCUUUCAAAGGGAACUUGAGUAAUUUUCUGUUUGUUUGUUACGUAUCUCUGGAUCUGUAACAGUGUAUUGUGUUACUUGCUUUUAUGAAGCUUAUGUUCUGAUUGCAACAUGCUAUCUCAAAAUGGUUAUUGAAUGUCUUUUAAUACUGAUUUUUGCGGAUUUUUGGUGGACGUGGAAGAGAGGCUUGUUUUCUGUUAGAGGGUGUCCUAUGUCUGUUUGGCUGUGCCGUCUUCUGCCAUUACUUAUGGUCAGAUUUUUGUUUGACCCAAUGCACGUCUAUAACUGCCCAUUAAAACACUAGCAAUGUGUGACCUCUA